UACCCGCAAAGUUUGGCACAUAUUUACGAAACGAUCAGCGUUGUAGGACUCGAGGAAAGCUUUACCGAAGGCGGCGGCUUUAAGCAAAUUACGUUGCCAAAACGAGUCAAAUUCAUGACCGGCUGCUUCGAUGCAGGAAUUGACCGCAAAAUUAAGUUGCUCGAUUACGAACCUCGUGCGGCUGAUCAGGUACCCUUAUUGAUGAAUAUGCAAGAAGACGAGCUGGCCUUGAUCAAAGCAAUCGAGAGCGGUGACACGGAUUUGGGUAAUGUGAAGUUAAUUGCCAUCAAGCUCCCAUUAGGCGAAUUUUUCAGAAUCAUCAGCAACAAACCUAUGGCGUGCAGGCUACUUGAAGUAUAUUGUAAACAACAAGAUUUGAAAUUGUUAACGGAUUUCUAUUAUCAGGAUGAUCGACGCGUGGAAAUGGCCGACAUGACAAUAUCAGAGAGCUACGAGCAAAAGAGCCUGGAAGUCAGAAUAAACAAUCUGAAGUUAGCUUUGAAGUGGUAUCAAGACGAUAAAGAGCAUGCUUUUGAGGCCAAGGCUAUUGACGAGCAUAUAAAAUUGCUUCAAGUCCAAAGUCAAUUGGAAAAAGAGCUGGAGCAGCCUUUUGUUGGGUUGUCCUUGAGUGAGACGCUUCAUAAAUGCAUUACUUUAAAUCAUUCUAGCAAGGCAAACAAACUUAAAUCUGACUUCAAGGUUCCUGAUAAACGGUUUUGGUGGAUUAAGCUGAAGGCCCUGGUUGAAAUGAGGGGUUGGGAUGAGUUAGACAAACUUGCAAAGUCCAAGAAAUCCCCUAUAGGAUACGAGCCAUUUGUCGAGGAAUGCAUCAAGGCAAUGCAACAACGAGAAGCGGCAAAAUACAUUCAAAAAUGCGAUCCAGCAGUAAGACCUGGUUUGUUUAUAAAGAUUGGAGAUUUUAAGGCUGCAGGUCAGGAAGCACUCUUACUGAAGGAUAUUCAGUUACUAAGCCCAAACCCUUCCUCCUCGUCCCCUGAGAAACCAAACGAGAAGAAGCAUGAAUCGAAAGCCAAAUCUUUGGUUAAGAGUAUUCUUCACGGUUCUGACUCCGUUAAGGAAAUAGAAAAUCAGACGCAUUCAAAGUUAUUGGCGCGUGGGAAAUAUGUUCACGAAUUACAAAGUAAAUUCUCCAUCCAUUUCUUUUGA